ACAUCCAUUGGUACAGGCUACGACUUGUCGAAUUCGAUUUUCUCCCCAGAUGGGAGAAAUUUCCAGGUGGAAUAUGCUUCGAAAGCGGUGGAGAAUGCAGGAACUUCGAUUGGGAUCCGGUGCAAAGACGGGAUUGUGCUGGCCACCGAGAAGAUAAUUGCAUCAAAGCUGUUGGCUCCGGGCAAAAACAAGCGCAUUCAAACCAUAGACAGGCAUGUGGGUGUUGUGUAUUCCGGACUCAUACCAGAUGGAAGACAUUUUGUAAACCGUGGUCGUGAUGAGGCUCAGUCUUUCAAAUCGCUUUACAAAGAGCCAAUUGGCCUUCCAGGAUUAAUAGACCGGCUCGGAUACUAUGUGCAAGCAUACACGUGCUACAACUCUGUGAGACCAUUUGGCAUCAAUGCAAUUGUUGGUGGCUUAGACGACGAUGGUGCACACCUGUACAUGGUCGAGCCAAGCGGCACCUACUGGGGUUAUUACGGUGCUGCUACAGGGAAGGGCAGACAAACGGCCAAAAGCGAGCUGGAAAAAUUGGAUUUGCCCAACAUCACAGCUAGAGAGGCCGUUAAGGAGGCUGCAAGAAUCAUAUAUUUGGCCCACGAGGACAACAAGGACAAAGAUUUUGAAUUGGAAAUUACGUGGGCUAGUAAAAGUGAAACCAACGGCCUACACCAGCUUGUGCCGAAGGAGCUAUUCGACGAGGCUGUCAAAUAUGCCGAGGAAGAGGGCGAAGAAGGCGAGAGCAGCGACGAUGAAAUGCAAGAUUAAAUUCUAGAUUAGUUCUAUUGGCGUAAUUUUUUAUUUUCACGUUCCAGCUCUUGAAGCCGUUUUUCAGACUGCUUACGCUCAAACGCAAGAGUCUCUUCGGCAUGCUUCCAUCUUUUCGUCAAUUCUUCAAUCCGUAAUUUAAGCGACUCGUCUGCUACCGGAGCAUGAUCUGUAGACGCUUUUUUAUUUAAUUCAGCAUGGUCGGCCACAAUUGUUCGCACGGCAGCCAGGUCGUACUCAAAAAUCGUUUCGUAUAGCUUUUUCGUAUCUGUUUCGUUAAGCUGGAGUUCGUCUCUGUUGGCCAACUGUAAUAUCUUUGCGGCAGCUUCCCGGAUUGAUUGUUUAUCCAAUAUCUCGCUGAGAAUUUGUAUUAAAUGAGUCUGAAAAUUAACAUCACUGGUAAGGUAGUCCUGCCAUUUU